AUGAGCAGCAUGAAAGGACAACAGUGGAGGACAUGUGGAACUUUAGUAGUGCUCUUUAUUUUUCAAGUUCAGAUUUUUGGUUUCGAUGUUGACAAUCAACCUGCAACAGAUGUCUGCUCGACACACACCAUUUUACCUGGACCAAAAGGGGAUGACGGUGAAAAAGGAGAUCAAGGGGAGGUCGGAAAACAUGGAAAAGUAGGCCCCAAAGGACCAAAAGGAAACAAAGGAGCAGUGGGGGAUAGUGGGGAUCAGGGAAUGAUUGGAAAAAUUGGCCCAAUCGGUGGAAAAGGUGACAGAGGAAUCAAAGGUUUAUCUGGGGUGUCUGGAGGGAAGGGAAAAGCAGGCACAGUCUGUGACUGUGGGAGAUACCGCAAAGUUGUUGGACAACUGGAUAUUAAUGUUGCUCGACUCAAGACAUCCAUGAAAUUUGUCAAAAAUGUAAUAGCAGGAAUCAGGGAAACAGACGAGAAAUUCUAUUACAUUGUCCAAGAAGAAAAGAGCUACAAGGAGGCCGUGACCCACUGCAGGAUCAGAGGGGGGAUGCUGGCAAUGCCGAAGGAUGAGGCAGCCAAUGCACUGAUUGCUGACUACGUCUCCAAGAGCGGCCUCUUCCGCGUGUUCAUUGGGGUGAACGAUAUGGAAAAGGAAGGGCAGUUCAUGUAUGCAGACAACACCCCACUGCAGAAUUACAGCAACUGGAAGGAAGGGGAGCCGAAGAACACGUCUGUGCAUGAGGACUGUGUGGAAAUGCUCAGCACGGGAGAGUGGAAUGAUUCAGAGUGCCAUCUGGCUAUCUACUUUGUCUGUGAAUUCAAGAAGAGAAAAUAA